GCGGGCGCCGGACCCCCCAGGCGGAGCGGAGAAGCGACAGGUCUCGGACCCUCAGGCGGAGUGGCGGGUGCCGGACCCCCAGGCGGAACGACAGGUCUCAGGCCCCCAGGCGGGGAGGCGGGCACCGAGUCACCAGGCACAACCGUGGGCUCCGAGUCAACUGGGAUGACCACUGGCACUGGGUCAGACAUUGGAUCGUCUGGCUGGACAGCCGGGCACCGCGUCAUCUGGCAAGGCAGUGGGCUCCGAGUCAACAGGCACGACAGUGAGCACACCGGGGUCAUCAGGUACCGGAUUGUCUGGCUCGACAGCGGGCAAUCGGGUCACCAGGCAUCAGGUCAUUUGGCUCGACAGCGGGCCCACCGGAUCAGGUACCGGAUCAUCUGGAUCAACAGCGGGCAUCGAGUCAACUGGCCUAAUAGGAUCGUCAGGCUGGAUCAGUUCAUCAUGCUGGGUAGAGGCAUCAGGCCGAGUAGAGGCUUCAGGCCGAGUAGAGGCAUCAGGCCGAGUAGAGGCUUC